UCGUCGUUCAAUGUAUUUGAUUGAUUGAUUGAUAAUAAUUUUUUUUUUUGGGAUUUCGUCAUCAUUGACAGGAUGGUUUUGAUGAUCAGAAAAAAAAAUUUUUUCAUUUUCAAUUUCGUUCGAUCGGUACAAAUCAAUCAUAGCGUUGUUUUGUUUUGUUUGGUGAUUUUAGUUUCAAGUUGAAAUUGAUUUUGAAAGUUGAUUUUACUUUUUGGAUAAAAUCUAAAAAUCCUUUUCGAUCAAUAAUGGGUCAAACAAGAUCAAAAUUAUCAUCACCAACAAUAAAAACAUCAACAUUAUCAACAAAUUCAUGGCGUCGUUUAUCCGAUUCGGAUUGUUUACAUUUACUUAGUCAUCCAGAAUAUUUUGAUAAUCAAAUUAAUAGUAUUGAAGAACAAUAUCAACAACAACAACAACAACAAAAACAUCAAAAACACGAACAACAACAACAACAAUCGAAUAAUGGACGACAAAUAUUACAACGUAGUGGAUCAACAUCGAUAUUUUUCGAUACAAUCGAUGAUUAUCAAUCGAUACAACCGUUUCAAUCAUCAUUAUUGCCGGUAAAAACAACAAUGACAAAAACGCAACAACAACAAAAUUUUACGAAAAAUAAUUCAAAAAAAUCCGAUAUUAUUCAUGGUGGUCAAUCAUUAUCAUCAUCGUAUCGUAAUUCAAUGUAUCCUGGUUCAUCAUUUGAUAAUCAACAUUUUUGUUCGGAACAUGAUAAUAAUAAUCGUUCGAUGAAUGGUCAAAAUGGUGAUGGAAAACCAUCACAAUUACCGCCAGCAUCGGGUAUGAAUACCGGUCAAUUAACAGCACGUAUACGUCCAUUAUCAAUGUUUGGUGGUCAAACAACAACAACAACAUUAGAAUCGUUGAAUGAUAAUAAAUCAACAACAUCAUUUUUAUUAACUGGAUCAUCAUCAACAUCAUUGUUACCAGAAUUAACUGAAUCAACAACAAAACAAUUAGAAAAUUUAAAUCUAAGUCUUGAUGAUAUUUUAGAACAAGUUAAUCAAACAGAAUCAACACAAUCAUUUCAUCAUCAUCAUCAUCAUUGUUGGUCAAUAAUAAAUGAUGGUGAUAAUGAUGGUGAUACUGAUAGUGGUCAAACAUUGAUUGCAAAACAUUUUGAUGAUAGUGAUAAUAUGGUUGUUGAUGGUGGUCAUCAUCUUAAUCAUCAUCAUCAAACAACAUCAUUAAUCGAUUUAAAUCAAUCAAAUAUAUCGAAUGAUGAUAAUCCAGACAUCAAAUUACCAUCCGCCGCUAAUAUAUCACCACCUCCUUUGCCACCACCUUUACCACCGCAAUCAAUUAAUCGACAAAUAUCGAAUGGUGGUGUUGGUAUCGAUAAUGGUCGUCGUAUAAUAUCAACAACAACAAAUCCAAUACGAUGUAGCGGUCUAGAUUGUAUGUGUGAACGUUGUUUACAGAAUCGUUUUAAAUUAUUAAAUUGGUUAUUACCAAAUUGUACUCGAAUGAAUUCUGAACGUCUUUUAAGUGGAAAAUCUGAUGGUACAUUUUUAGUCAGAAAAAGUGAGAAAUUUCCCGGCCAAUAUACAUUAUCAUUUGUUUGUCGUCGUAAAGUAAGACAUUGUCUUAUCAUGAGAUCUGUUUACGGUAUUUAUUUAUUUCAAUCCGAAAAUCUUAUCUUGAAUCAAACAAAAUGUUUUUCUUUGUUCGUUCUCCCCCCCCUAUCCACCAUCCACCAUCCAUCCAUCCAUCCACCAUUAGGAUUUGGUUUACGUUGGCCAUAUUCAUUUGAAACAUUACAACAAGUAAUCAUACAUUAUUCACAACAUUCUUUGACUGAAUUUAAUUCCAAACUAAAUAUUCGUCUUCGUUAUCCGGUUUUUUCUGCUUAAAAAAAAAUCAAAAAAAUCAAAAAAAAAUCAAGAUAAAAACAACAAACAAGCAAACAAACAGAAUCUACAAUCGAUAAAUCUCACUAGUCCUACGCUUCUUCUUCUACUUAUUCUUGUUCUUUUGUCCAUUUCGGGCGUGUGUACAAUGCGAAUAAAUUCUGUAAU